GGUGGAUGGGCUAAAGAUGAGGAGGCGCGCCAUUUUAUUAGGAGAUAGGGGGGCAUCCAGGUUAUGGAUUCUUUCAACACAUUGCCCACAUCCAGGUGUAGGGCCACCAGAUGAUAUGUCAAGAUAUGUAUCCCUGUAUCAGUUUGUUUAUAUUGUUUUAUUAUUAUUACUAUGAUUUUUUUUAACGUCAGUCCAAAAUGACUGAACCCUUUUUGGAAACUGCUUGUGCCAUCCUUCAAGCAUUUAGAUAUUUUUUUCUCCCACGCUUUUUUGCAGGAUAGUUUCAGCCUAAUUGGAGGGCUAUUAAGCACGAACAGCCUGUUUAUGGCUCUCCAUUUCUCCAUUUACUUGGAUUUCAGAGUUUAACGAGGCCAUCCAAAAACAGUUUAAUUUUUUCUUUAAAAACCACGAUUCUCUUGCUACUUAUACAAAAUGGUUUCCGGCCACACUCCAUCGGGCUUUUAUAGUAGGAUACAGUAUUUAUGGAGUAUGGCACGCUGUACAUGUAGAAUGUUUUUUUAUUAUUAUUAUUUAUUACCAACCUAAAAAUCACACGCUGUAAUGUGCAGUAGUUGAACUCUGACCUGAUAAGUGAGGCUCCUCCCACAGCGCCCCUCCCUUCUGAAAAAUAUGACCUUUUGCUGCAUUCAAGCUUCCAAGUCCGUUGUAUUUUUAAUGCUCACAAACACAGGAUUAAUGAUAAAAAAAAUUCUAUCUGCCAGGUGCUGUGAUAUACAUUGUGUUUCUUUAUUCGGAUGAAUAUUUCAAUGCCUAACAUGUACACGGUCAGUUAAAUGUUUAACUGCAUAUUAUAGAUUCUUGUCAUGCGGUUUGACGGAUAAAUGAUUACGAGCUUAUAAACGUAGCAGAGUAGGUGGCCCUUUCGCACAUGCCACAUUUUGCUUAAACGUCAGACAUGUUUUCAUUUUGGAGAAACUUAGGUUUAACUCGAGCAGCAGCGGUUUUCUUUUCCAUUCCCCGACAAGCUUUGGGUCAGUGCAGCAGCCGAACUGGAGGGUGCUUAAUUCCGAACCGAGAGAGCUCCGGGAGCCGAUAUAAUGUUCCACCGAGCGCCGAGUUUGUUGCACGGGUGUCUGGGAUCUCCACCAUGGCCAAGUUACCUUAUCGGGAGACGGCCGACGGGCUGGACGCGGCGUUCAUUGGUGUUCCGAUUGAUACCGGGACUUCGAACCGGCCAGGAGCAAGGUUUGGUCCACGCCAGAUCAGAGCAGAGUCUGCCUUGCUGAGGGCUUACAACAGUGGCACCAGGGCAGCGCCUUACGAGUCCCUGAUGGUUGCUGACAUCGGGGACGUAAACGUUAACUUGUACGAUUUGAAAGACACCUGCAAGCGCAUCACGGAGGCCUACAGAAAAAUCCUGGCCACUGGCUGUAUCCCUCUGACUUUGGGUGGCGAUCACACUAUUGCGUACCCAAUACUGCAAGCUGUAGCAGAGAAGCAUGGCCCUGUGGGUUUGGUCCAUGUGGACGCUCAUGCGGACACCAGCGACGUGGUUCUGGGGGAGAGGAUCGGCCAUGGCACCCCGUUCAGACGCUGUGUGGAGGAGGGGCUCCUGGACUGCCAGCGGGUGGUUCAGAUCGGCCUGCGAGGCAGCGGGUACUCGGCGGACUCGUACGAGUGGAGUCGGGCUCAGGGUUUUCGUGUGGUCCAGGUGGAAGAGUGUUGGUUCAAGUCUCUCUCACCUCUGAUGUCUGAGGUGAGGGCUCAGAUGGGAGUCGGGCCGGUCUACCUCAGUUUUGAUAUUGACGCUCUUGAUCCAGGUUUUGCUCCCGGAACAGGAACACCGGAGAUAGCAGGACUCACUCCCAUACAGGGAGUUGAGAUUAUCCGAGGCUGUCGGGGUCUUAACCUUGUUGGAUGUGAUCUGGUGGAAGUUUCCCCACCUUAUGACACCACAGGAAACACAGCCUUGACUGGGGCCAACCUCCUCUUUGAAAUGUUAUGUGUUUUACCAAAAAUGAAAUACUACUGACCUGGAUGUAAUAUUUGGUGCUGCUUUUUGAAAUUUUAAAUGUUAUCAAGGUUAACUUGGGUGCAGUUCUGUUUUAAAAAUACAUUUUCAUUUCCGAUCCAGUCUUAUUCAAGUUGUAAUUAAAUGUUGUACUUUGAUAAUUACAUAUAUUAGCAAUUUAACAUGAGCUGGAGCUCUUUUUCCUGUAAAGAACCUUAAAGUGACAUUUGUUGGGAAUUGGUUAAUAAAAUAAACUAAACUCGACUUAAUGGAGAUUUUUAAUGUUAAGAACUUUAUUUUAUGUUAAUUUAUUCCUGAAAAAGAUGCACAAAGUGAGAGGGUCUGUGACAUUGACAAAGUUCUAGUUGCUUUCUGUGUUUAUCUUUUCUGAAUUAAAAAAUAAGAUUUUAUAUACAAGUAGCUACAGAAAAAGUUGGAACUUGUGUUGCCAGAAAAACUUUAGAGUGUAAUUUGUUGGAUAUUUAUCAGAGCAGCAAAAUAUACACGUCAUUUUAUUGCAGUCAAAUAAUGACACAAUUAAAAGAAAAAUUUACCAUACUUAUUUUGACUCAUCCUCACCAAAAAUGCCAAUAACUGUGGACGUUGUUUCACAUUUACCUACUAAUCAUCUAUUGCCAUUUUAUUAUUAGACAGCAACGUACAAGGAAAACCUGUUGGGUUGCGUAAGGGUUAAAACACUUAAUCUUAUAUAUUUGAAACACUUACUUGGUGUCAAUAUGCUGGAAAACAACAGUUUGUCCUCCUUUUGCUUUAUUUAGCUCUAGAUUAGAAUUAACACCAUAAAGAAUAAAAUUACACAGCAUUCAGUAUAAUUAAAUGUGCAUCAGGCUCUAAGGGCGUUGACCUUGUGCGACAGGGGAAGGCAAUCAUUCUUUGGCACAUUUGUUUUCUACAGCUGCACUGGUUGGCAACACGCACUGUGCUAAAGUUACAUUGACUGCAUUCGGUUUCUUAACUCUUAAAAC